AUGACUUCCAACUCAAACGGGCACCCCACCAGCGUGCUAUUUGUAUGCCUGGGAAACAUUUGUCGUUCCCCGAUGGCCGAAGGAGUCUUCCGCAACCUGGCCGCAGGGCACCCCUCCAUCGGUGAGAUCGACUCCGCCGGUACAGGCGCCUACCACACCCUCGAACCACCUGACUCCCGCACCAUGUCUACCCUGCGCCGCCACAAAAUUACCAACUAUGACCAUGCAGCCCGGAAAGUGACAAGGGAAGACUUCCUCACUUUCGAUUACGUGCUCGCUAUGGACAAGUCGAACCUCCGCGACUUAGAGGAUGUGCGCGAGUCGGUCAUUGCGACACUACAGAGGAAGACCGACACCAAACCAAGCUCGAGGAGCACGCGAUCGCAUGUAGAUGCUGCCAUUGGUGCAUACCAGCCUGAUACGAAGGUUGCCGAGGUGCGGCUGUUUGGUGAUUUCGGUCAGGGUGGAAAACUGCACGAUCGCGUUGGCGGCGGUGAGGUGGUGAAGGAUCCUUACUAUGGGGGUGCUAAUGGAUUCGAGGAGGUCUACCAGCAGGUUGCGAGAUUCUCCCAAAAUUUCAUGGAAUACUUGGAGCAAAACCCCACUAGCUCUAAGUGA